AUGUUUGGAGGUGCACCACGUCAACCCAGCCCAAAGGAGGCUGCUGCUGCUCAGAUGCAGGCACGAGCCACUUUGAAACAGUUUGCUGUGUAUGCUGCAGGUCUUUGGUCUGCCCCCCUUGCUCUGUACUACCUCAACGAGCUGCUCGGACGCCACAUUGCUUGA